AGCUUGGUAGCUACGUCCAGCUACUUUCACAGUUCCUUUAAUGUGUUGUUGACAGUUGUUGGUAAACAUCACUAUCAGCUGUGUUGUCUAUGGCAAGACUGGUAUGAAUGCGUUUUUAACGGUUUUGGCUAGGUUUCUAUAAACGUUCACAGCAGUGUGCUUUCCAUCAAAAUGGCUAUUAUGCAACCUUUGCUAGAAACUACCAUUGUACACCGAGCAUAAUUAAAUGCCAUACAACGUUACUCAACUGCUUGCAAUCUGUAAUGUAACGUUGCAUGUUUUCUGGAAUCUGCGUCGCACAUGUUUUUAAAGGCUAUUUAUGUCGUUUUCACUAGGCUAUGAGCACGUUACCAAUAAUGGCAGACAAUGUUGAGAGAGGGUCGGCUCAAUUGCAUGGAUAAGAUAGAAAACUAUCAUAACAGCUACAUUCAUCUAUAUCAGCUAAAGCCUAAGCGUGUAACAAAUGCCAUCUCAAUAACUUUGUGCAUGUGGGAAUAAUAAACUAAAAACCUGUACAAUGGAUCUCGCGCCAUUCCUUUAGUGGGCGUUCUAGAAGUCCAAGAUUGCCCACAUUCUAUCACAAUGAUAGCUUCUGCAUGUUUCCUUCAUCCUAGUGCGUUACACAAUCACAUACUAUGCUACGCCCCUACCACCACAGAGACAACAGACACGUAUAUGGCAAAAUGCAUGGUUGAUCUAAUCUACAAUGAAAGCUAGUCUAUUACCUAUAAUCUUGGGCUCUGUAACUGAAAGAUAUUGAGCUGUUGAUCCAAGCUCAAGAGUGACUUUGUGUCGACGUCAAACCAGUUGAGAUCUCACCUGGGUACUGUCGAUGACAAAGAAGCCUGCCAAAUACUCUGAAAUAAUGGAAGAUUCCCAUUUCAACUCAUCAUACUUUUGGUCCCCCGUCCCUACAGUACAAGGACAGAUAGAGAACGCCAUGUUCCUGAACAAGAUGAAGGAUCAGUUGGGACCGGAGAAGGGCUCUCCCUCCUUCUCCCACUCCUCCUCGUCCUCGCACUACCCUGCCGCUGCACACACCGGCCCUCAGGGUUCCGUUACCAUGGAUGCGGGGGCGGGAGUCAGGGUGCCCAAACAAGAGGGGGGAGGUGGACCCUCAAUGGGGGGUGGCGGGGGACACCUGCAUCAGCCACACACCUCCCAGAACAUCACAGUGGUACCUGUCUCCUCCACUGGAAUCAUGACCGCAGCGGGGCUAGUGAUAACCACUCCCCAAGGCACACUGGUCACCCCUCCUGCCUCCACACAAUCUUUCGGAUCCGGACCCCACGCCACCACCAUGAUAGUGUCCGCACUGCACCCCACAAACACAGAGAGCAGCCAGCACUCUUCUCUCUACUACUACAGCCACAACAAGAAGGAUGACGUGGUUAUCCCCCAGGUUGUCAUGCCGACCCCAGGGAAGCGGGGCAGGAAGAAGAAGUCUAUGAUGCCCCGCGUGGGGGCUGCCCUGCCACCAGGGAGCGACGCCUUGAUCCUGGCACACCUGGCAGCUGGCGGGCAGCACCACUCUGCCGACCCCUACGACCUGUCUAAUGACGAGGAUGACCACGGCAACAAAGAUGGGACCAAAUCUUACAGGUGUCGGAUGUGCGCGGUGACCUUCUUCAGCAAGUCGGACAUGCAGAUCCACGCCAAGUCGCACACAGAGGCCAAGCCCCACAAGUGCCCGCACUGCUCCAAGUCCUUCGCCAACUCCAGCUACCUGGCCCAGCACAUCCGCAUCCACAGCGGAGCCAAGCCCUACACCUGCUCCUACUGCCAGAAGACCUUCAGGCAGCUCAGUCAUCUACAGCAGCACACACGAAACCACACUGAAGGCAAGCCCCACAAGUGCCCCCACUGCUCCAAGUCCUUCGCCAACUCCAGCUACCUGGCCCAACACAUCCGUAUCCACAGCGGAGCCAAGCCCUACACCUGCUCCUACUGCCAGAAGACCUUCAGGCAGCUCAGUCAUCUACAGCAGCACCACAGGAUCCACACUGGUGACCGACCGUACAAGUGUGUCCACCCAGGCUGUGAGAAGGCUUUCACCCAGCUCUCCAACCUGCAGUCUCACCGCCGGCAGCACAACAAAGACAAGCCGUACAAGUGCCACAACUGUAACCGUGGUUACACAGACGCGGCCAGCCUUGAGGUGCACCUGUCCACUCACACGGUCAAACAUGCCAAGCUGUACUCCUGUGGCCUCUGCAACCGCUCCUAUACCUCGGAGACGUACCUGAUGAAGCACAUGAGGAAGCACAACCCAGACCCCCUGACAGUGGCGGCAGCCGUGGCGGCACAGCAGGCCCAGGGCCAAACCCCUGGAGGCGGGCGGGGCAGGGGCCGCGGCCGGGGUGGGGGCAGAGGCGGAGGAGGAGGCCACGGAGGGGUGAGUCAGGUGCCGAAUCAAGCCAACCCCAACCCACCUCCAGUCAGCUACCAACAGACAGAAGGCGUGUCGUGUCCGUUUGAUUUGCACCAGUACAAGACGGUGUCUGCGGGGGAGAUCCAGUACAAACCAGUUAGCGUGGCUGAGCUGGUGGCACACAAGGACCUCUGUCUCACUGUCUCCACCUCGGCCAUUCAGGUGGAGCACAUGAACUCCUAGAUGUUGAGGUGGAAGGUGGAAGGGUGGUAAGGUGGAUGGACAGACCGAAGAGGAGAGCAGGAGAGAGGGAUGAACAGAGCAGAUUGGAGGGGUGCAGGAGAAUGACAGAAUGAAGGAGAGGAGAGACAGAAAGGAUCACUGAGGUGGAUAGGACUAAAGUAAAUCCAAAAGCGACACUGCCUUGGAGAAGAUAAAUGGACAAUGGAGGUCCUAAUCAUGUAAUCAAGAUGAGCCAAACAAAGGGGGGGGGGGGGCAAAGAGACAAAGAAAAGGAUCAUGGGCUCUGGUUUAAUGUCCAGUAUUGAACGAAUGAGACAGACUGUUCUAGAAUGCACUAAAGGAAGCAGAGGGAAAGGAUUAGCUUAAUCAAAGGGGGAGGGAAAAC